CGCUUUUAUUCCCCACCGCGCCGCAUCUCCCCCCUCCCCUACGAUGCCGUCGCGCACCUCCUCUCCCUCGCCGCCCCGAGACCCCCCACACGCUUCCCUCUCCGCCCCACACCCUGGCGCCUCCCCCCGCCGCCGCCGCCGCCGCCGCGAUGCCACUCGCGGCAGAACCCGACGACGCGCUCGAGGAAGGGGAGAAUCAGCAGCUGCUGCUGGCGACGAAGGGCGGGCCCGCGCUCGAGGGGCUGGUGGUGGGGAGCUACUGCCACGACGUGUUGAUCCGGGGCGGGCGCGUGGUGGGGGAGACGCUCGGCGGGGCCGCCGCCUUCGUCUCCAACGUGCUCGAUGCCGCGUCGCCCCGGGAGGAGGAGCAGGAGGCGGCCCCGUUCGUCGUGGUUUCCAAGGUGGGGCGCGACUUCGCCUACGCCUCCGCGCCGGCGCCCGCUCGGCGCCCGCCGCUGCUCUGCGCGUCGCCGACCACAUCCUUCCACGCGCAGUUCUCCGAGGCCGCCGCCUCCGCGCACGCCCCCGAUCGGGAGCUCCGGCGCGUGCGCGCCUGCGACCCGAUCUACCCCGCCGACCUCCCCGAUCGCCGCUUCGCCUACGGCCUCGCCGUCGGCGUCGCCGGGGAGGUGCUACCGGAGACGCUCGAGCGGAUGAUCCGGCUCUGCCGCGCGGUGCUCGUGGACGCGCAGGCGCUGAUCCGGGCGUUCGAUGGCGAUGGCGCCGUCUGCCACGUGUCGCUUGAAGAUACUCCGUACGCGCGGCUUCUCCCGCGGGUGGCGUUCCUCAAGGCGUCGUCGGAGGAGGCGCCCUACGUGGGGGUGGAGACGGCGAGGCGGCGGUGCUGCGUGAUCGUGACAGAGGGGAGGGACGGGUGCCGGCUGUGCUGGGACGGAGGUGAGGCGCGCGUCGCGCCGUUCCCCGCCGUUCAGGUGGACCCCACCGGCGCCGGAGACAGCUUUCUGGCUGGUUUUGCGGCCGGGCUGUUGUGGGGACUCUCUGCAACGGACGCCGCGCUGCUGGGGAAUUUCUUUGGUGCUGCCGCGGUCUCGCAGGUCGGCGUGCCCACCUUCCAUCCCAAGAUGUUGCAGGCUGUUAAAGAAAUACUUGAAGAUAAGACAACAAAACGAUCAAGUCCAUGUAUAAACGGAACCACUUUUACCUUGGAAAAGUCAAAUAUGCACGAUGAGUUACACACAGCUCUCCAAGAAACGGUGAGGCUGAUGUCUGAACAGCAGCAAGCUGAUCCAGCAAACGGCAAUGGUGGUGAUAUUUGCUCGACAUAGGAACUGAGUUCAUCGGGAGGCAGUUAGAUGCCAAACUGUGGCAGAAUAACGCAGCACUACAAUCCAGAUUUCACAUUGAGGUCUGUGUAAACACCUAGCCAACAAGUGAAGAAAGUCUGUGCAUACGCUGUCUCCAGUUUAUACUACCAUCCAGAUGACGAGGGUUCGGUUCUGCCUGUAAUAGCUGAUGAGAAAAAUGAAGCCAACCGAUCAGCUGGGCUGUGCCCUGCUGUGUACGCUGAACGUGUGCUCUUUUGAGCUUUCGAACAUUCGUGCGGUUACGUUGACUCUUA